UUUGCCUCCGGACAACAGACGGCGUGGCAUUUCAGCAUUGAAGAAUCCAGACACCAAAACGUGAUUUUAGCUUUGCCCUCAUGGAACGGCGCUGGAAAUCUGAAGCCCAACCAAAAACCCCUAAACCCCUUGUUUUUCACUCUCGUUUCAUAGCUUGUUCUUUAGCUGCCCAAUUUCAGAAAACGAACUCGGCUCACUGAAUCAAUAGCAGCAAAGUAGCAACCAAUCUUUAUUAUUUAGAAUUGGUCUCGAGAGAUGAAGGAAGAAGAGGCAGGACCACAAAAGAGAGAGCUUUACGCGGUGCUGCAAGUGUCGCCCGAGGCCACCAAUGAAGAAAUCAGAAAGGCUUAUCGCCAUUGGGCUCAAGUCUACCACCCUGACAAAUACCAAGACCUCCAUAUGAAGGAAAUAGCUACACAUAACUUUCAAAGGAUAUGUGAAGCAUACGAAGUAUUAUCAGAUGAGUACAAAAGGCAAAUAUAUGACAUAUAUGGUAUGGAAGGAUUAACUUCAGGUUUGGAACUCGGUCCAAGACUUAACAAACCAGAGGAGUUGAAGGAAGAACUUGAAAAGUUACGACGGAAGAAAGAACAAGAAAAGAUGGCAGCACAUUUCCAACCAUCUGGUACAAUAUUGGCCAACUUAUCCUUGCCACAGUUUCUGGAUGGUGAUGGCAUAAUGAGAGGAAUGGCUAUGUCUAGUGAAGUUCAUUCCCAAUUAUCAAAACGAAAUACUAUUGCUAUUGGUGGAAAUUUGGAAGUUCAAGAAAAUUCUGGUGGUUCAGCUGCUAGUGCUGUGCUUAGGCAUCAGCUUUCUUCAGUUUCAUCCGUAGAAUUUAUGGCCUCAGCUGGUUUACGAGCACUCAUUGGAGUACAAACUACACGUCAUUUGUCUUUACACUCAACAGCAACAAUUACCAUUGCAAAGUCUUUGCGAGAUGGGUCAAUCAAUCUUUCCAAUACAUGGACCCGGCAACUAUCUGAAACAGCAAAUGGAAAUAUACAGCUUUUGUUAGGUCCAGAAUCAUCUAUAGCAGUUGGAUGGCAAAAGAAGGAUGAAAAGAUGUCUGCUGCUGGAGAGUUGAAGAUUGGUACAAGUUCUUUUGGAGCAUCAGCUCAUUACACUCAUCGCUUUUCAUCAGUGUCUCAUGGUCGUAUUGCAGGCAGAUUUGGGAGCACUGCUCUGGAGGUUGAACUUGGCGGUGGAAGAAAAAUAUCUGACUUCAGCACUGUCAGAGCACUGUAUACAAUUGGAAUUCAGGGUAUCUUUUGGAAAUUUGAAUUGCAUCGGGGUGGGCAAAAGUUGAUUAUUCCUGUAUUGCUUUCCAGGCAUUUGAAUUUGACUUUUGCAACUGGAGCAUUCCUAAUUCCUACAUCACUUUACUUUUUAGUCAAGAAAUUUGUUGUCAAACCUUAUUACCUUCAAAGGGAAAAGAAGAAGGCUUUAGAGAAUAAAGAAAAAACUUCAGCCCAGGUUCGAGAGGCAAGGGCAGCAGCAGAAAAAGCUCAACAGUUAUUACAAAAUGUGGCCAACCGGAAAAGAAAUAGGCAAGUAGGAACAAAUGGACUGGUUAUUACUAGAGCAGUGUAUGGAAGUCGCAAAGCUUUGAGGAAAGGGGAAGGAUUAAGUGAAGUAAAUGAUGAAUCAGCUUCUGAAGUCAUUGAUGUUACAGUAUCUCUAAAUUUCCUUGUUAAUGAUUCUGGACAAUUGAAGCUUCAUGAGGGUGUAAAGAAGUCGGGCAUUAUGGGCUUCUGUGAUCCAUGUCCUGGAGAACCUAAGCAAUUAUAUGUAGAGUACACUUGUGGUGGCCAAAUAUUCGAGGUGACAGUGGACGAUUACGCAGAGUUGUCAAUACCUCAGGAAUCCCAUAGAGUCUGAAUCUUGUCUUUAGUUCAAGACCCUGGUUACCUCUUUGCAACUUUUUGGCAUGCCUCUUGAGGUAACCACUACGUAGAUGACUACCUCUUCCCUUCUGAACUCAUUUGUUUGGAAUUACAUGUCAAAUAAGGGCAUUAAUGCGACAUUAUUUUUUCUGGUGUAACGAUUCCUAAUAAAAUUUAUUUUUCUUAUUUUCGAUUUA